CCCUCCUCCGUGUUACCGAAGACGGAGAGCUCGCGCGCUUCCCAGCUUGCCCGUACAGCUCGCGCUCUUUGUAGUAAUCCCGGUUUGUGCUGCCGAACGUCUCGCGCCGCUUCCGAGAAAAACCUCCGCAUAUUUGAAUGUAGUCUGAUAUCCGCGCAUUCGCGGAGUCUCCGUGGAAAGAGAAAAAAAGGACACGUGAGCGGCGUCGCGCGAGAGCUGCGUGAAGCAGAGCAGUGCGUUUUAACUCUCGCGCGCGCGUGAACAGCUCGCGCAGUGCUCUUGUUUAACACCGUUGUGCGUUUCUUCUUUUACUCAUACGGAGUGUAUCACACUUUAUUUCGUUCAGAAGUUCAGCGAUGGAUCAGAGGGUUGGAUUCCUGUUGCUCGUCCUCACUGUAACGGUUCAUGGUCAUGCAGCUACAGAAGGAGACCGUGACUUUAAGAUGUGUGGGAUUUGGAAGCACCAAAGCAGCUCUCAAACCCUUGACAUUAAUUUGAAGUCUGGAUGUUCAGGGAUCAACAUUUCAGCCAAUGCCAGCGUGCUGUCCAUCCACGGCUCCAUUAUGGCAAAUUGUAAAGUGACAGAUCGAAAGUCUCUGACAAAUAAUUUCUGGAACAGUUCCUUCUGUGUGAUCUGGGAGCCACUGCUGGACCAGCUGGUGGUGGAGGUAAACAGCGAGAAGAUCCCUCUCUGCAAUUCUACAGGACUGCAGACCACGUGCUGCGCCCAUCUCUCUGCUGGAACUCAGAGUCUGUCCAAGGAGUACGGAAUCCAGUACGCCAGCGUGCAUGGUGACCGUCUGAGCGACAACAUCAUGGCUUCGUACAAUUUUCAGGGUGAAUCGAUUAACUGCAAGGAAUACUUCUGCAGUAAAAUAGCUCAGGAGUCCAGAGCAGCGAACAUGUUGGAGGAGGUGGUGAUGAGGUCGAAGGAGGUCGGUUCUGUGUUUCUGCCAUGCGGUCAGAGCACCAUCAUCAUGAUGAAGGAAGGUUUUGCUGGAAAUAACGUCACUCUGCCUGCUCCGAGAGGAACACCACAAGAGAGGAUUCCAUUAGUGCACUUACCCGCCUGCCUCAAACCCAAAGCAAGAAAAACUGCCAAAGUGGUGUGUAGCUACUACAAGAACAGCACCUUCUUCCAGAAACCUUCUCAGAAGAUUCUAGAAGAUGUUGUUGGGAUUUCUGUAGAGAAUGAGAUCAUCACAAAUCUCCCAGAGCCCGUCAGGAUCAAGUUUCAACACCCCACGCUCGAGAAGACUCACAGUAGAAGGUGUGUUUCUUGGGAUACAAGACAAGAUAAGACAGUGAUGUGGCGGGAGACGGGUUGUGUAACACUGCGGCUCAGUGUGAGUGAGACAGAGUGCUGCUGCAGUCACCUCACGUACUUCGCUAUUCUUGUGGACGUGAACCCUACGAGAAACCUGCGCCACCUGGAGGCUCUGACCUUCAUCACCGCCGUGUGCUGCGCCGUGUCCAUCGUCAGCUGCGCCGUGCUCUUCAUAUCGCUCUGCAGACAGAGGAAAUCGAAGAACCAGUCGAGUCUGGUGCACCGCGGUCUGGUCGUCGCUCUGUUCUUCCUCCUCGUGCUGUUCGUCCUCAGCGGCACCGUGGCCAACGUCACGUCCGACAGCGUGUGUGGCUUCAUGGGUGGCCUGCUGCACUACACGCUCAUCAGCGUCCUCUGCUGGAUGGCCGUGGAAGUGAUUCACACCUUCUGGAUGAUGUACAUGGUGUUUAAUCCGCCACCUCAGCCUUGGAUCUGGUACCUGCUGGGGUUCGGUGUUCCAGCUGUGCCGGUUCUUAUUCUGGGAUGCAUGGGAGACAUUUAUGGCCGGAGGACGGUGAAGUCCGAUGAUGAGCUCACAACUCCAUAUCGCAUGUGCUGGAUGAAGGAGACACGUCCGGCUCUGGUGGCUCACUUCGUCAUCAACACUGGGCUGCUGGCGGCGCUGGCGAGCUCCGGCCUCGUCAUGCUUUACCUGGUCUUCAGGAAGAUCCGGCACCGGGACGAGUGGAGGAGGAACCGCGUGGCCUUCCUCAGCAUCUGGGGGCUCAGCUGUCUGUUUGGUUCCACCUGGGUUCUCGCUUUCUUUUCUUCUGAACCCUCAGAAACCGUCCUCUUCCUCUUCUGCAUCAUUAACUCAUUACAAGGCCUUUUCCUCAUGUUGCGGUUCUUCGCUCUGGAGAAGAUACAGAAGAAUUCCGAGUCCAGUUCUGACUUCAGCAGCACCGGUUCCACACGACAGCACAUGCUGCAGCCUCAGGACAGGAACUAGGAGCCAUCUCCUAAAACAAGAAGAAGAAGCUAGGAAUGAGUUUCAGAGGGAGAUUAGAGCCAGUUUUGUGAGAAGGGCAUUUCUGUCCAGUUCUGUUUCAGCAUUAAACCCUGCUGGUCAGGUCAGCGUCUGUGCACUGAUGGAAAAAAGACCAAAAAAAAAUCUUCAUAGAGAUUAAGCUGAAUAUUUAACUCUAUAAACUCUUUUAUUUCGUGUUUUGAAAAAUUUCUUUCUCUCAUUAGCACUUUAGCUUUAUUCCAUUUGCUUUGGCUACUGUUCAGAAAAACUGUGUUUAAGAUAUUUAGAUUAAA